AUGACGGAACCACCUGCGAAGCGCGCUCGCCGAGUCGACAGUUCAGCAAUGUGGGAUCAAGAUGACCAGAGGACACGUUCACCCGGACUAGAAUCAGACCGUGCCAGAAGCCCCCGGCGGGAGCAAUUUGCGAAGGAUGAUGGGCGACGCGAUGGGCCUCGUGAUGAUCGGAGGUAUCGCUCUCGCUCUAGAGACCGGAGAGAUAGGCGACGAGAUAGGAGUUGGUCGAGGGAUCGCCGCGACCGCGACCACGAUCGCAGAGACCGAGAUAGAGACGGACGAGGAACGAGGGAAAGGGAAAGAAGUAUCAGCCGGGAAAGGCACUACGAUAGACGCGGCUACCCUUCGAAAGGGGAUAGAUACAGGUCGCGGUCGCCUAUUCGGAACGGCAACAGAGACCGGUCGCGGACGCCACCUCGCGCUCCCCGGGGCGACCGCAGGAACGAUCGCCGAGAUCAUAGAGCCCCGACUAACGGUGCUGCUGAUGCGAAAUCGGGAGCGAACCACUCCAAGGAUGAGAUGGAAGUGGAUAGCGAUGGACCUGCCGGAGAAGACGAGGUUGAGGAGAUGAUGCGCCGCAGCAUGGGUUUCACCAGGUUCAGGAGCACGAAGAAUACCAAGGUCCCUGGGAACAAUGUGUAUGGCGUCCGCAAGGAGAAGAAGACGGAGUACAGACAGUACAUGAACCGCAUAGGAGGAUUCAACCGGCCGCUCAGUCCCUCCAGGUGA